UUUGGGUUCGAGCACCACGUGUAAAGCACAGCGUUAAACCCCCUUUCUUCCUGUGGAACUCCUUAGUCUCCCAGUACACACACACCGACACAGUCAGCGACUUAUUCCGCAGCUCGCCCCCGGUGCUCAGAGCCAUGUCAGCGGGAGGUCACAGCGCCAAGAGCCGGGCCAUCCCUGCUGUCCGGAGGGUCGCGAUCCUCGACGCUGCCCACAUGCCCCUGGACUACUCUACUACCCCUGGAGGAACUCUGUUUAGCACCACACCAGGAGGAACCAGGAUCAUCUAUGACAGGAAAUUCCUACUGCAGUGUCGGACAUCUCCACUGACCCGCACACCUCCCAAACUGCCCGACAUCCCUGGCGUCACCAGGCCACUCAAACGCAACGAGUCCAGCGACAUGACGAAUGAUGUCGAGCAGACGGUCAACAACGACACCGACCCCAGCCUGAAGGCAGACGACAGUGCAGGAGAAGACGCUCAGUUUGAAAUGGACAUUUGACGAGAGUCGGCCAAAGGAUGGAACCAGUUUUUAACAUUGUUUUUGUUUACUGCCAGAAAUGACAUGAAAUGAGAAAAACUAGUGUUAUUAUAGCUGUGCAUAUAUUUUUGGUUAAACUUCUUUAAGUGUAAAAAUGUUGUACUGUUAGAAAACAACGUUAGUAUAAGGCAUGAAUGUGACGUGUGUAAGUCACUCCCAAGUCAGGGUGUUAUUAAUGAAUGUUUUUGUUUUGUAUUACCUACAUGUCUGUAAAAAAAAUGUCUUAAGAAAAAUUGUGUUUUAUGAAUAAAACACUAAAAAAACA